UUUCUUUUACCUCUGCUCAUAAAUCGAACUUCAAGCUGCAAGCUUGUUCAAAGCUAUAUACAAUUUGAUAUAUACCCAGCAACGCAUUUCAUUAAAAUGACAUUCAUAAUCAUAAGCAUACAAUCUGUAUAUAUAUAUAUAUAUAUUCAUACAUCAAAGCAUGAUUUACAAAAGAAGAAAGAAAAGUUUGAGCUUUGUUUACAUCUGUUGAUUUUGGGCUGGAAGGUCGACGGCGGUGGCUCGGCGCCACUGUCGGUCUGGCUGGAAAGAUAGAAGGUCGGGGGCUGUGAGGCGGCUCAUCGCCGUUGCUCCGGCGAGGGUUUGAGAAGAGAGUCAGGGGAGGCCGAGCCUAGGGCUCCGGUGGGCGGCUUCUGCUGCUGCUUAUCGGAAGAAGUCCGAGAGGGAAGCCAGGCGCUGCGGCUCUGCCGUUGCUGCCUAGCUACGGUGAAGAGUGGGGAAGGAGAGGACGACGGCGGCGGUGGCUUGAUGCUCCUGCUGCCCGUCGAUCCAGAGAGAGUCGGAGUCGGCGGCGGUAGUGGCUUCUCGCUGCUAUCGCCGGAGUUCCAGAGGGAGGAUCGGAGUUUGAGAGGGAGGAGCGGUGGCGGCUGGGGCUGCUAUCGCCGGAGGUAGAACCGCGGGGGUUGAGCUUUCAGAGGGAGGCUAGAGCUCGGCGGCCUUGGCUGCUGUCUCUUGGCCACUGUCAGAGAGAGAGAGAGCUGGUGGCGGCAGCUCGUCGCUGCUGCUCCUCCGGCGAGCUCCGCGGCGGUUGCAACUGCUGCGUGAGGGAGAUGAGAGAAGGGAGAGACGAGAGUAUUCGCCGUUGCUCCGGCGAGCUUCCGAGGCGGCGGAGUUUCUGGCGGAACCGAGGGAGAGAGGGCUGAGCGGGGCUGUUGGCGACGUUGGGUGCGUGCGUCUGUGUGUGAGAGACGAGAGAUGGGAGAGAGGGGAGUCAAGGGACGGCGGAGGCGGCGUUGCUACCGCCGCCGGAAAAGAUCGAGAGGAAGGGAGAGAGUGCUGCGUGCGUGUGUGUGCGUUUGUGUUUGUGUGUGUGCGUUUGUGUUUAUGUGUGUGCGUCUGAUGGGAGAAGAAGGGGGGGAGGGAGUGUGGGCUAGGGCUUGGUGAGGGUUGGGCUUUGGGGUUGGGUUUGAGUGAUGGGCUUGGUAGUGGGCCGAUUUUAAUUAGAGUGGGCUCGAGUUGUGGGCCGAUUUUAAUUAGAGUGGGCUCGAGUUGUGGGCCGAUUUUAAUUAGAAUGGGCUCGAGUCAUGGGCCGAUUUUUAUGAGUAUUUGGGCCGAGAUUUUAUUUAUUUUUGUUUCAGUUGGGCUAUUAAUUAAUAAAAUUGUUGGGCCUUAUUUUAUUUAAGGAUUUUGAAUUGCCUUCAAUUAAUUAAAUUGGGCUUUCUUAUUUUUAAUUAAUUGAACUAUUAUUAGUUUGAUUAAUUUAUUUAAAGGAUAAUUUUCAUAAUAAUAUUAUAUUAUUAUUAUGUGCAUAUUUUAAGUAAUUACUUAUUAUAUGUUAAGCAUGACAUGAUUUGCAUUAUAUUUUGCAAUAAGAAUAUUUAUGAUUUAAUUGGUUUUAUUAUAAUUCCAAUUAUUAAAGAAAGAUGAGUAAGAAUAUUGUUGGUGUUCUUAACUCAAAGAGAAAUGUUUUCAAUUAUUUAUUUAUUAAAUUUUGAAAACCCGGCUAAGUGAAUCAUAGAAUAUUAAGCACUUCACCAUGACUUAAGAUUAGAAUUCAAGGAGACCUAUUAAGAAUAGAUUUCUUGUAGGCUUUGAGCAUCAGGAGGAUUAGCACUGCUAUUCCGAUUCAGAGAUAAGGUUAAACGACAGGCUUUGCCUAGACAGAAUGGAAGACGCACCAAGAAGACGCGGUAGGGGACGAGGACGUGGUCGUGGUCGUGGACGCGGCAGGGGAUUUAUCCCUGAAGAGCCAAUCCAACAAGUAGCACCAAAUCGUACUGCUGAAGAGAAGUUUCGCAAGGAAAAACCUCCAACAUUUGACGGGCUGGGCGAUCCAACAGACGCCGAAAAGUGGGUUAGGGCCAUAGAGCGUAUCUUUAACUACAUCCGUUGCGAUGACGAAGACAAAGUAACUUGUGCAACCUACCAACUGGUGGACGAAGCCGACUUCUGGUGGGAAUCGGUGAGGCGCACAAUGACUGAGGAACAGUGGGAAAAUUUCACUUGGGAAGAUUUCAAGACUGAAUUAUACGAGAAAUACAUACCGGGAUGCUAUAGACAGAAGAAGCAGAAUGAGUUCUGGAAUCUGAAGCAGAGGGCUGGGACAGUUACUGAGUACGAUAGAGCCUUCAAUCAGCUAUCAAGAUAUGCUCCGACGCUGGUGGACACUGAUGAGAAGCGUGCAGAAAAAUUUAGGAAUGGACUACGCCAUGAGAUAUCAAUCUCCCUAGCAAGCCAGGGAGGUCUCACCUACGCACAAACUUUGAGCAGGGCUCUCACCAUUGAAUCAUUGCUACCAAAGGAAAAAGGGAAAGCUCCGGGACAGUCUGGAUUCGUACCACCUCAAGAUGGUGGUAAAGGAAAAAGAAAGUGGAACGAGGGAACUGGAGGAAACCCCGGGAAUGGAAAUGGAAAGAAGCCGUGGGUUGCUAACCAAAAUCAGAAUCAACGUCAGAAUCAACAGCCGCAAGCAAUGGGACGACCACUCUGCCCAAAGUGUCAGCGACCUCAUUCAGGGGAAUGCCUGAAAGGAAUGAAUAUAUGCUAUAGAUGUGGGGAAACUGGGCACUAUGCUUCAGUAUGUCCGAAGAAGAACGGAGGAGCACCUCAACAGCAAAACCCCAGAAAUCAACAGCGACAAAAUCAGGGCCCUGGAGGACAACGGGGACAGCCACAGAAUGCUAGGGCCUAUGCCCUUAACCAAAAACAAGCAGCGGGAAACCAAGGAAACUUGGCAGGUUAAUGGCUGGUGAUGACGGGGCAGAGCUGAGGCUAGGGUUCAACUCCGUAUUUUGUCUUCCGCUAUUGCACUAGCAUUUAUUUGUCUUUUGUUUCUCCAACUUAAGACUUUUAUGUUAAAUUCUGAAUUAUGU